UAUGGUGAAAUCGCCGCAUGACAGUUGCACAGGAAAAAAUUAAGAAUUAUGAAGUAAGAUAUUUUUCAACUUAUUGUGCUUAAAUGACAGCAGGAAAAGAAACCAUGGGAGAGCAGCCGAUUUUCACGUGCAAAGCGCACGUGUUCCACAUAGACCCCAAGACGAAACGAUCCUGGAUGUCGGCCAGCUCGGCGGCGGUGUCGGUCUCGUUCUUCUACGAUUCUUCGAGGAACUUGUACCGUAUCAUCAGCGUUGAGGGAACGAAGGCGGUCAUCAAUAGCACGAUAACGGCUAAUAUGACGUUCACGAAGACGUCUCAGAAGUUCGGUCAGUGGAGCGACGUGAGAGCGAACACCGUGUACGGACUGGGCUUUGCUUCGGAAGCGGAGCUAGGGAAGUUCAUAGAGAAGUUCCAAGAGGUAAAGGAGGCGAUCCAGGCGCAGCAGUGCGGCGGCGCGAAGGCUACGAACGGCUCCGGCGCCGCCACGCCCGUCGCCUCCGCCACCGCCAGCCCGCUACUGGCCGCGCGCGCCGCCGACGAGCCGCCGGCUCCCGCGCAGCCCAAAGUUGAGGACGAUGCAAUGAUGGUGCAUCAACGAGCCCAUUCUGUAUCAUCUACGUUACAGGGUGGGUACGCGACAGUCGGGCGAGCUCCGCGCGGGCCCCCCGCUGCGCCCGAGAGCGGCGACUCCGCUGAACAACAACUUCGCUACGAGAACGAUCGCCUCAAACUGGCUCUAGCGCAGAGUUCGGCGAACGCUAAGAAAUGGGAAGUGGAAUUAGCGACACUGAAGAGCAACAAUCUCCGGCUCACGGCUGCUUUGCAAGAAAGCACCGCCAACGUAGACGAGUGGAAGCGACAACUGCAUCAGUACAGGGAGGAGGUGGCCCGUGCGAGACAUUACGCUACGGGGAAAGGUGGUGAUGCAAACGAAGUAGAACAACUGCGACAGCGCGUUGCUCAACUAGAAGCCGAACUGGCGCAGAAAAACGAGGAACUAGCUCAGAUCACCAAGUCUAAGAAAAGUGAGCAGGACGCAGAAGCCAAACUGGCCCAAAGUCAACUGGAACUCGCCUUAGCCGCACAGGACGGUCAGAGACAAGUGAUCCAGGCCCUGAACGAUCAACUUGCUCGGCAGAUUGACGAACUGUCGAACAUCCACCGCGAGAUAAACACGGCGUUGCAAACAUGAGAGCGCCGCUUGCCGCUUCUGCUUCGAGAGCGGAACUGAACAACGCUCUCGGUAUUUCCGAAGGUGCAAGAGUUUUUUUGAACGUUACGAUCGUCUUUCUGUUGAUAUGUUUCGUAUUGUGGUUCCUUUUGAAGAUCGUCGAGUGUAUUUUUGUCUAAUGUUUACGCGAAUUUCACUCAUUAUAAUAAAA